AUGUACAUCACCCUCUACUACAUAGUCAGGGACCACUUCCUCUCAGUUUGCCUCACCACACUCAACGUUGACCUCCUCAAGGAGCGCCUCCUAGCAGCAGCGAAGAGCAUAGUCGCUGUAGGAGCCUCUCGUGGUGACCCUCGCACCCCAGUCUUUGAGGGGUGUUCCCCCUCCCCCCUCUUGCCCUCUCUUGCUUCUGCUGCUGCGGCCGACCUCGUUGGUUUCGAGUCGGUCGGCGCUGCGUCUGCCUCUAGCGGGAGACGCCGCACCGGCAAGGGCAAGGGGGGCAAGGGCACUGGAGGGGCUGGCGAGGGUGGUGGAGGUGGUGGUGGAGGCACUGGAGGGGGUGGGGGUGGUGGUGGGAGUGGUGGUGGGGGUGGCAGUGUCAGUGGCAGCAGUGGAGGCGUAGGAGGCGGCGGCGGUGGCGGAGGAAGCGGAGGCGGCGGAGGUGGCGGAGGCGGCGGAGGUGGCGGAGACGGCGGCGGCAGCGGUGGAGCUGGUCGCGGCUCUACGCAGAGAAGUGGUUCCGGUGGUGGUUCGCGCCAGCAGCUGCAGCGCGCUCGUGAGACCCUGUCCCCUCAGCAGCUUCGUGAGUGGUACGCUUGGCGUCUGCGAGGUGGGGGUACUGGUCCCUGCACCUACGUCCUCUAUACAAGCAACCGUGGUGGUGAGCAGUGUGGGGGCCCGCACUCCACCCAGCGCUGCUUCGGCCGCCUGACAGACGCAUGGCGUCACCAGUUCCCUGACGCCACUGAGAUCCCUCACUGGGUCGUUCUGUCUAGGGCUGGGGUUGCUAUCUUUGUUCUUGAUUAUGAUGCUAUUCUUGCUGCCAUGUAUGCUGUGUCUAAUAGUGAUAAGGGUGACUGUUACCUGUGUGUUCCGCCUGACCCGAGCAUUGAGGCUGCUGCUCUAGGUGCUGGUUCUACGUCGGCUCAGGCCUUACACACCUUCACCCUUGACUCGGGUGCUUCCCGCUCCUUCUUUUGA